UUCCUGAUAUCUCAGUUCAUCAGAUCAAAUACCAUAAACAAACAAUAACAAUUUCUUCUUACAGACAAUUAAUCAUGGCGUCUCAUCUCAAGGCCAUAGCAUCCCUCCUCAUUCUUGCCCUCAUAAUCUCAUCUGCCACUUCCGCUCGAAUUCUCGAUGAGGAGGCAGACGCCGCCGCCCCUGCCGUGGUUCCUGGUGCCACCACCACCACCACCACACCUGGCGGUGCACCCAUCACUCCCGCCAAUCCUGGUGGUGCUGCCACCGUCGUAACAAACCCGGAUGAUCACUCUCUCACCUUCUUCAUGCACGACAUACUCGGUGGCAGCCGCCCCUCGGCCAUUGCGGUGACAGGCAUUGUGGCAAAUCCGGCUAUCGGCGGGCAAGUGCCCUUCGCCAAGCCCAACGGCGCCGUCCUGCCCGUGAACAACGGAAUCCCCACGAACAACGCCAACGGCGGAAUCGUGAACAACAACAACAUCCCCUUCUUGACGGGCCUCAGCGGAUUUACAUCGAGCUUCGCGCAGAACAACAACGGGAACAACAUUAUUGGAGGGAUGCCCGGAUUCCCCGUCCUCGAUAGCUCGCAGUUCCCGUCAGGCACCACCCUCCAGAAGCUCAUGUUCGGCACGAUGACUGUUUUCGACGACGAGUUGACGGAAGGACACGAACUGGGAUCGGGGCUGGUGGGGAAGGCGCAGGGUUUCUACAUAUCGAGUUCAGAAGACGGGACGAGCCAGACUAUGGCAUUCACUGUGAUGUUUACGAGUGGGAGUUACGCUGAUAGUUUGAGCUUCUUUGGGGUUCACCGGACGGCGGUUUCGGAGUCGCACUUGGCCAUAAUGGGGGGGACGGGGAAGUAUGUGAACGCUAAGGGGUUUGCCACUGUUAAGACCUUCCGAGGGACGAACCAGCACGAGACCGAUGGAGUGGAGACACUGCUGCAGAUUACUGUAUACCUUGCUUAUUAGUUUGUCUGGUGGAAUUUCCUCAACACUAUAUGUAUAUGGUUAAUGUUUACUGUGUGCUUCUUGUGAAUUGGAAGUUUGUAUGAGAAUCUUGGGAAGUUGGAAAUUGGAUGUUUACGGUUCACAGUUGGAAAUUGGAUGUUUGCUUAAGCAAA